AUAGUUAGUAUACACUAUUUAAGAAGUCUAUGAGUCUCAUGCACUUGGCUUACGUAACGAGAACGCAUUCAUCAUCACCUCUCCUCUUAACUCUUCACUCUAUACCUCUUUAAGCGUAACCUCCACAAACUCUUCUUUUUAUUUCUCAUUGUUCUAAUCCCCCAAAAAAAGAACAUGCCGGGAAACUAUCACAGCCAAGGAUCCAACGUUGCAGUCAUAAUCUUCACGGUGAUGAUCACGUUGCUGACUUGUCCAAUAAUCAUUAACGCUUCAUCAGAUUCUUCUCCAGCCAACAUGAGGAAGCUCGACGAGGUAGAUCCCAUAAAGUGCUCGCCAAGCUGUAUCCAAAACCCUCCUCCACCAUCUCCUCCACCACCAUCUCCACCGCCUCCAGCGUGUCCUCCUCCCCCUGCUCUCCCUCCACCGCCUAAGAAAGUCUCACCUAACUAUCCACCGCCUCCACCAACUAAUUUCUUGUAUAUAACGGGUCCGCCUGGAAAUCUUUACCCCGUUGAUGAGCAAUUCGGUGCGGCCGCCGGAAAAAGCUUUACGGUGGUGAAGCUCGCCGGUCUAAUAGGGUUUGGAGUUCUGUGGGUGUUGGUUCUUUGAGAAAUGAUCGGAGAAAAGAGAAAUCGAAGAUUUGUCGGUGUCAAGGAAAUGUAUAUGCUUUGAUGUGAAAGAGAUGGAGAUCAACUUGGGUUUCAACAAAACUGGGCCAUAGACGGCCGACCUCAGACAUGACAUGUGCAUCUGUUUCGCCUAACGCUAUAUCCACUCUACCAAAUGGCAUCUCACCUACGCUUUCACUUUGAUUUCUUCAUACACACCGAAUGUAGAAUUUAAAAAAUUUCAUCCGAAAGUACUAUGAAAGUGUAAUAUUGGUUUAUAUAAUAAAGUACUAAAUUUGGAAUAUA